AUGGACCCAUUAAAGUGGAAAUUUCUGUGUUCCCCACUGAAAAGCCAUGCUGGGAAAGCCUGUCUUCAGAGAACCUCGGCCCCAGGUUCACCAGAUGCCCAGCCUGGCCAGACCAGCAGCAGCCUCGUCUUCCCCGUGGCGCUCCUGCACUCUCUGCUCCCCGCCCUGGGGGUGCUCACCUGCGGCCCUGAGGGCUCUCAGGGCUGUGCCUUGCCUCAGAGCCACGCGCUGGUGAGCAGGGAGCACUUCGCGCUUCUGAGCCACGUAAGGAGACUGUCCCCUUUCUUUUGUCUGCAGGACAGAAACGCCUUCAGAUUCCCGCGGGAGAUGGUGGAGGGCAGCGAGCGGCCGGCUACGUCCUUCCUCCAGGGGCUGCUCCAGCCUACCUUCAACCUCUUCCUCACGGAGCACUCCUCGGCUGCCUGGAGCUCCCUGCUGGACCAGCUGCGUUCUAGCCUCCAUCGGCGGCUGCCAGACCUGGACUCCUGUUUGCUGUGGGCUGUGGGACCGGAAGAUUCUGCCCUGGGAAUGGACCGCCCGACAUCGGCCCUGAAGAGGUACUUCCGGGAAAUCCGUCUCCUGGAAGAGAAGUACAGCGACUGCGCCUGGGAAAUUGUCAGAGCGGAAAUCAUGAGAUCCUUGUCUUCAUCCGCCAACUGGCAAGACAGGUUAGGAAUUAGGGAAGGGACGUGGGGUCAUCUUGAAAUGAUUGUCACGGACAAAUUUGCCAUAACCCCCCCCCCCCCCGCCACCCCGCACCUAUGUCUGGUCACCACUGCAAGGGGCUCUCAUUUCUGCCUUAGUAGAGAAUUUAUUGAAUUUAAUUCAGCAAAUAUUUCGUGA